GAGCAGAGGUGGCGUGGGCGGUCUUAUUAGUUUAAGAUUCCCAAAGCUCCAUCUUAGCUUCAAGCACUGAUUACCCACCAUCGCUUCUCUUCCACAUCCAGCUCUAUGCUCCAGCCCAACCCUAAAGAGAUAUUUUCUAUUUGAUUAGAAAAGCAGAAUAAAAUAUAUUUCGUUUCCCAUUUCGAUUACAUCAUCUGUAGCUAUACCCAUAUACACCUCCUUUCCUUCUAUUCCUUCUCUCUCAGAGGCUGCAGCCACUAUUGUUCGUCUGAGAGGGAGAGGAUAUGGCACCGCCGGUAGCAGCAGCCCAGCAGAGACAGCAGCAGCAGCAGCAGCAGCAAGGGGGAAUAGGGCAGACUAUCACCGGAAUCAUUAGAAUUGCUGUCUUUUGGUAUUUUGCUUCCAAAUUCUUCGCGCCUAAGAGACCCUCCGAUCCUUCCCAUCUCAUCUCCAAUCUCUUCCAAAAGGGAGAUUCUCUGGAUAUGUGGUUUUAUCUUUCUGAGCAGGAAAAAUUUAAUGACUUCAACAAUGAAGGUGCACUUGUUUGGCAUGAAACUAACAUACCUUAUGGUGUUUGGGGUCCAGAGAGUUCAAGGGCUCUUUCUAUGAAGUACUAUCCAUCUGAGGCAGUGAAGCGAAAUGGUACUGUUUAUGGCCAUGUUUUCUUUGCACGAUCUGGGUAUCCUCCAGACCCAAAUGAUCCAGAGUACCAACCUCUUUUUACUUUUGGAAAGACUCACCCUGUUGUGAUGUACUUACCCAAGUCAAAGGCAGACAAAAGGAGGAGUUUGUUGGGGAGCUCAAAAGGAUCUGACGAGGCGGAAAUUAUCUCUCAGGUGGUUGAUGAUGGUGAAGUUGAGCCUAAAGAUGUUGGCCCUGUUGAAUGGGUUUCAUAUUGGAAACCAAAUGUUACAAUCAAUCUGGUUGAUGAUAUGACGAAAUACCCACAUAAUUCUGUACCACCAAAUAUUGCUCCUUACUUGAAUGUUGAGCCUAGUACAGGGAAUUACUACCCCACCAUAUUUUUCAAUGAAUUUUGGUUGCUUAGAGAUAAGCUGAUCCCAGUCAAUGAGACAGUGACAGAAUUGCCACUUAAUCUGGAGGUGGGCCCUAUAAGCAUGACAAAAUGGCAACUAUUCCUGCAGAUUGAUCAGUCAUUUCAGAUUCAUCGCAGUUACGGAAGCAUGCUUGAAGGCGAGGCUGAUGAACUGAAGAGGGUCUUCCUGGAAGGAAAUCCUUACCUUUUGGUGAUCACCAUGGUUGUUUCAUUACUUCAUUCAGUCUUUGACUUCUUAGCAUUCAAGAAUGAUAUCCAGUUUUGGAACAAAAAUAAGUCUAUGGAAGGGCUUUCAGCAAAAUCUGUUGUUGUGAGCUUUAUAUGUCAGCUCAUCGUUUUUCUUUAUCUACUUGACAAUGACACUUCAUGGAUGAUACUUGCAAGUUCUGGAAUUGGUUGCUGUAUCGAGUUUUGGAAAAUAGGGAAAGCCAUGCACAUAGAGAUUGAUAGAAGUGGAAAGAUACCUAUGUUGAGAUUCCGAGAUCGGGAGUCCUAUGCAGGGAAUAAAACAAAGGAAUAUGAUGACCUUGCAAUGAAGUAUUUAUCUUAUGUGCUUUUCUUCCUUGUUGCAUGCUCUUCUGUUUACUCGCUCAUGUAUGAGCGGCACAGGAGCUGGUAUUCUUGGAUUCUCUCUUCACUCACAAGCUGUGUGUACAUGUUUGGUUUUAUCAUGAUGUGCCCUCAGCUGUUCAUUAAUUAUAAGUUAAAAUCUGUGGCUCAUCUACCCUGGAGGCAGAUGACAUACAAGUUCCUGAAUACCAUAAUUGAUGAUCUCUUUGCAUUCGUCAUAAAAAUGCCAAUACUACAUCGGCUCUCUGUCUUCCGUGAUGAUGUCAUAUUUUUGAUAUAUCUAUACCAGAGAUGGAUUUAUCCGGUGGACAGGACACGUAUAAAUGAAUUUGGUUUUGGUGGUGAGGAUGAGCAGACCACCAGUGCAGAUGUAACUCCUGCAGAAGCUGAAGAGAAGAAAACCAACUGAGUUGGGUUUUUAGUCGAUCUUAUGAAACUAAAUUACAGAAUAUAACUGUAAAAUCAGUAACUUUUCUUUUUUAAAUUUCUUUUUCAAAUAUUAACAUUAGAAUGUUAUUCCAGAAAAAUGAUUGGUUAUAUAGGCCGUCUGUUUUGCUUUAGUAAGAAUUCUUGAUGUUGGAACAUAUUGCAGUAGCGAGUAUGUCGUCUUCAUUUCCAGAUAAAGGGAGAUGGUGGUUUUGCUGUAUGUAAUAACUCAUACCGACUCUAGAAACAGAAUUGUUACGCUCGGUCAAAAGUUUUUUUGCCUGGUGGGUAUUGCUGUUGUGAUCCGAAGUAUUUUUGGGUAAUUUAUAAUAUAUUCUUGUGAGAUUUGAUUUUUUUAA